AUGGCGACAAACCAGCAGCCGCAUUCCAAGCCCGGGCAGCUCUCUCGGGAACCAGGCAGAGAGCUGAAGCUCCUGCACUACAUCUAUGGCCAGCCAAACCUGGACGAGAUCCGUGGCCAUCCGCAAAAAGUCAUCGAUCUAAUCCACGAGUUCGAAAAGGAAUACCACUUCAUGAAUGUCGGGCCUGAGAAGGGCGAAAUCGUCACCAGGCUCAUAGACGAGCUCAAGCCCAAGACCAUGAUCGAACUCGGCUGCUACGUAGGCUACUCAGCAAUCCUGUUCGGCGACGCAGUCCGUCGCAACGGCGGCGAACGCUACCUAAGUCUAGAACUGAACCCGGAGUUCGCAGCCAUUGCCAACAUGCUCGUCGAGCUAGCAGGACUGCGCGACUUUGUGCGCAUAAUCGUCGGCCGCAGCGAUGUAUCCCUGCAUAAGUUGAUCACCUCGGGCGAUGUGAAGAAAAUCGAGCUUCUCUUCAUCGACCACUACAAGCCGGCAUACACUACUGACGUCAAACUGUGCGAGCAUUUCGGGGCAAUCGUCCCCGGCUCAGUGCUGGCCGCAGACAAUGUCAUUUACCCAGGGAACCCGCCAUAUCUGGAAUUCGUCCGCAGUACAGUGGCACAGAAGCGAGAGAAGGCCAAGGCUGGACCUUCCAAGGGAUAUGACACCACCGGUAUGGCCGAGCGCACGGUGCAGUCAUUUGUGGGCAGAGACGAUGUGCCCACUUUCGACUUUGUCGGGAACCCGAACUUGGUGUACCAGAGCGAGUUCUGUCAGCCUGAGGGUUUGGGGGACGCCAUUGAGGUCACGAGAUGUGUUGGAGUGGAGGAAUGA